AUGUACUACCAAAUCUGGGUGGAAAACACAAUGCUUGUGAUGCAAACUCAUUCCCACUCUCACCUUCUUCCUCUCUUCACAUUCAUGUUCACUCCCUCUUCUUCAAUGCUAUGAAGAAGCCACCAACACCAACAUCACAACCACUUGAAGUUGUUUUUGGUGCCAAUGGAGAUUCCACUCUCCAGUUACCAGACCUUAUCACUGGACCAAUUCCAAGACAGGUCUUGUUUUACCUCAAACAUGAGGAAUUGGAGCUACCCUUUCCCCCGGAUUCGUUGUUCCUCUUCCAUGGAACAAGGGCUGAGGCCAAAACCCAAGAAAACUGAGUAUGUGGAUAGAAAAAUGCCAGUUUUGGAUGAUGCCCAGAUCAUGAAACCAUCCACUCCUGGACUCUGUAGUCAGAUAGAGAAGUUGGGUUUGUGUAAUAGGCAUAGGGAGGCAAUGGAGCUGUUUGAAAUUUUGGAACUUGAAGGUGACUGUGCUGAUGUGGGUGCUAGCACAUAUGAUGCUUUGGUGAAUGUUUGUGUUGGUUUGAGAUCGAUUAGAGGUGUUAAGAAGGUGUUCAAUUAUAUGAUUAGUAGUGGGUUUGAGCCUGAUUUGUAUAUGAUGAACAGGGUUUUGCUUAUGCAUGUGAAAUGUGGUCUCAUGCUCGAUGCGCGCAAGCUGUUUGGUGAUAUGCCUGAGAGAGAUGUGGUUUCGUGGAUGACCGUGAUUGGCGGACUUGUGGAUUCCGGGGAUUACUCUGAAGCUUUCGGGUUGUUUUUGUUCAUGUGGGUGGAGUUUAAUGAUGGCAGGUCUCGUACUUUUGCCACCAUGGUUCGGGCGUCGGCUGGGUUGGGUCUUAUUCAGGUGGGAAGACAGAUUCAUUCAUGUGCUUUGAAGAUGGGAGUGGGGGGAGAUAGUUUUGUGGCUUGUGCACUGAUUGACAUGUAUAGCAAGUGUGGUAGCAUUGAAGAUGCUCAAUGUGCGUUUGAUCAAAUGCCGGAGAAGACAACUGUAGGGUGGAAUUCUAUUAUUGCUGGCUAUGCGCUUCAUGGUUACAGUGAGGAGGCUCUUAGUAUAUACCUAGAGAUGCGUGAUAGUGGUGCUAAAAUAGACCAUUUCACUAUUUCAAUAGUGAUAAGAAUUUGUGUGAGAUUGGCAUCGUUAGAACAUGCGAAACAAGCUCAUGCUGCAUUAGUUCGUCAUGGUUUUGGCUCGGAUAUAGUGGCAAACACAGCGCUUGUUGACUUCUAUAGCAAAUGGGGUAGGAUGGAAGAUGCUCGACAUGUUUUUGAUCGGAUGCAUCGCAAGAAUGUUAUAUCUUGGAAUGCGUUGAUUGCCGGAUACGGUAAUCAUGGUCAGGGAGAACAGGCAAUACAAAUGUUUGAGCAGAUGCUUCGAGAAAGGGUGAUUCCCAACCAUGUCACUUUUCUUGCUGUCUUAUCUGCUUGUAGCUAUUCAGGAUUAUCGGAACGAGGGUGGGAGAUUUUUUACUCCAUGAGUAGAGAUCACAAGGUUAAGCCCCGAGCUAUGCAUUAUGCAUGUAUGAUUGAACUAUUAGGGCGAGAGGGCUUAUUAGAUGAAGCUUUUGCACUAAUAAGACGUGCUCCUUUCGAGCCAACCAAAAACAUGUGGGUAGCAUUGCUGACAGCAUGCAGAAUGCAUGGGAAUUUAGAGCUUGGGAAGUUCGCAGCCGAAAAGCUUUACGAAAUGGAUCCUGGAAAGCUAUGUAACUAUGUGAUGCUUCUGAAUAUAUACAACAGUUCUGGCAAAUUGAAGGAAGCUGCUGGUGUUUUACAAACCUUAAAGAGGAAGGGUUUAAGAAUGCUUCCAACUUGUACCUGGAUUGAAGUCAAGAAACAGCCACAUGCAUUCCUCUGCGGAGAUAAAUCUCACACCCAGACAAAAGAAAUUUACCAAAAGGUGGAUGAAAUAUUAGAUGAGAUAUCAAGGCAUGGUUACAUUAAGGAGAAUGAAAUGCUGCUUCCUGAUGUGGAUGAAGAGGAACAGCGCCUUCAACAAUACCAUAGCGAAAAGCUGGCAAUAGCUUUCGGUCUUAUCAACACUCCAGAUUGGACACCUUUGCAGAUUACUCAAGGACAUCGCGUAUGCGGGGAUUGCCAUAAUGCAAUCAAACUUAUAGCCAUGGUCACAGGACGAGAGAUUGUGGUGAGAGAUGCUAGUAGAUUUCACCAUUUUAGAAAUGCGACUUGUUCUUGUGGCGAUUAUUGGUGAUGGCAAAACUGUGUCAUUCAAGACUCAGGGACUUGUAAACAGAGUAGCUAGCUUUUGAUAACUGCCCUUCUCCCCUUAUUGUCCCCAAACUUAGGUCCACUUUUGAGUAGGAUACAAUUAUAUAAUUCACUUUGUACUGUUUUAUUUCUUGAUUUCCCCCCCUAGGAAUAUGACUGAGCUGAAGUUGUAAUAAAAAUGUAUGAAUGAAAUGAAAAGAUUUAUACGGUAGGUAGAAAAGAAGUGUCCAAUUUUCUCUUCUGGUUUCAGUUUAUUAU